GUGUAUUUAGCAAAGAUAUGACUGAAAGUGUAUCAGAAGUACAUGAGGUGAAUUUAAACGUAUUCUAUAUAGUAACUGAUGGUGCAUUCCAUGUUUCCUGUACUUUUCCGCUGCUUAAUCUACCAUAUUUUACCCUCGAUAUAUGUACUGCAAAAUAAAACAGACAGCAUGUCAUUAAAUUUUGUUGUCUUUGUGGUUGCAUGCACAAAUCAACACACAGCAUAUCUAUUGUAGCUUUAUGAGGUCAGAAAGACUCAAUGGAGUCAGCUGGAAAAAUAAUUCUGUAGGAAACACUGGUCCAUUCAUUGCUUUGCUUGUAACUUUACAAUAUUGUUUCAUAUUCCUGCAUUACAACUGAUUUGACAAUUACAGGUCAUAUCUGGCCUAUUGUAAGAGAUAUUUAACUGGAAAUCAGCUGAAUGAAGCAAGAAGCUAAAGUACUUCAAGGGGCAAGUUCUAGCCUAAAGUCUUACUUGGAUGUCUAUGAAACCUGGCAGUGACUAGAAGGGGUCACCCACUCAGAAACAGGGAACCAAACCCUGUCAGGGAGAUUAUUUAUGUUGCAUCGCAGAGACCGUUUUACCACCACUGCUGCUAUUCAUGGAACCACAGUGAUCUUUAGAAAGCAGGAAGCAAGUGGUGAUGAAUGGACAUUAACUCAUGUAGCCAAAUAUCAGUUUCACUGUAUGGCGUUUGACCUACAUAUCGCCCAGCAACCAUUUGAGACAUUAGACAAAUGUCAAAAUACAACCUCAGUAGUAUGUAUUUUGAUUUUAUAGUGCCACAUAAAGGAUAAAUGUUUCUUUUUUAUUCUCCAGAGGCAGGAUGGAAGAAGCAGAACUCUUAAAGGAACGCCUUCAAGCUAUUACGAAUAAGAAAAAAAUCCAAGAAGAAAUUGCCCACAAACGGCUUGAAAUUGACAGAGAGAAACUAAAGCUUCAACAUGUCAAGAAAAGGUCCAUGAGAGAUCUGUGGCUCAUGGAUGGGAUGAACAGCAGUAAUGCACAGGAAACACAAAAAGCUCUUGAAGAUGUACAACAAACGAAACACCUCAAGAGCAGCAUACAUCGGAUAGAGAAAGAGAUUGAAGCAUUGGAGAGAGAGGAAAUGAACAUCUCAACAAAUGAAGGGCUGAUUCUAAAUAGGCUAAAAGCCAUUGAAAAGUCUCCAGAGGAUAUCAUUAAGGCAGCGAAUGCAGAUUUCAUGUCAGAGCCGAUCUAUAUUCAAUCAACAAUUCCAAAUAUGCUAAAGCCCAGCACACCACUAUUAAAGCAGAGGAAAAAACAAAAUCUGGAAACUGAAGCAAAAACUGACCAAACCAAACCUGCUUUGUUCGCCAUGGAAAUUAACGUUCAGAAGGACUUGCGCACAGGUGAAAGCCAAGUUCUCUCCACCUCCACCAUUUCUCCCCAAGAGCUCCAGCAGAAAGGCAUCAAAGUCUACGAUGAUGGCCGGAAGUCCGUCUACGCCCUGCGUACAGACGGCCACCAGCCUGGUGCGAAUGGAGUGGAUGAACUUAGUCCUGUGGAGGUCGAAGAGCUGCUGAGGCAGGCCUCUGAGAAAAAGAAGAGGUCCAAUCAGGUUCAGAUGGACCCUUCAUAUCAUUACAACCUCUCCCAUGAAUUACAAUCAGCCACUGAAAACAGGGAGAACCAUGAAUCUAACGGAUACCAAGAUCCCUAUAGCGUUGACUUAUCGACAUGGCCUGAGCUUGUGUACAAUGAUGGCAUGUGCUAUCCAGAUGACGCGGGUCACAGACUUCCUCUCCUGCCAAUGCCUAAUUACAAUGACAGACCAGACGAAUACUAUCACAACAGCCAUGAGCUACACAGAGGGGAAAGAUAUGCACAUGGACCGUUUUACAACCAAAGAGAGAACCACAAGGGAAUGCAACAUUUGGAUUAUGACAACAAAAAACACAGCCAGUGUUCAGCCUACUCGGAGGACUCCAAACUCAGCGUACUGAACUCCAUACCAUCAGACGAGCCUGUCACCAUGAUCUUCAUGGGCUACCAGAAUGCUGAAGAUGACAGCCAGAGCUAUGAAGGCUCAGUUCGGGCAGAGUUGGUGAUUAUUGGAGAUGGUGAAGAUGAAGCGAGCAAGAGCUUCAACCCCCAUGAGAACUGCAAUGCCAACAACGCCUUUCCCUACUCUGCUGGACGAAAGGGCAAAAGAGACAGCACGGAAAACCCGUCAGCUACAGCAUUACAGAUACAGAUGGAGAAACUGGGCCAAACCGCAUGACACACAUUUGGUGGCACUCACACUCUGGGAACUUUGAGACUCUUACACGAAUUGUCCAAAGUGGCCAGCGGAUCGAGGAACGUGAAUCAACAGUCUUUUGAAAUUGAAAUGAGGAUGCAUGUGCUAUUAACAGUUUUCAAGAAAAUAUUUCACAAAAAAUAGUUUGUUAAUUUUGCAGUCAAUUUUAUUUAUUCCUACCCAUUUUAAAUAAAAAAAUUUG